AUGAUUAUUACCAGUCGCUUCCUUAUUGACAUUUUCAUCAUUUCAAUCGACGUCCUCAGCGCUGACGUGAAGGCGUUCGAAUCGUCCAUUAGUACCAACGUGAUCGUCACCAGCGAGGGAAACGUCACCUGGCUGUCUAUGGUCAUCUUUAAGAGUUCGUGUUCCAUCGACGUGAAGUUCUUCCCGUUUGACGAACAAAACUGCUCCAUGCAGUUCGCUUCAUGGACCUAUGAUGCUUACCAGGUGAACGUGCUCACCAACGGCGAGGAUGACGGCGACGUAUCGAACUACAUCGAAAAUUCCGAAUGGUCACUGACUGGCUUCCAACAGAAGCGGAACGUCUUCCGAUUUUCCUGUUGCGACGAGCCUUACAUAAUUAUUCACUACCAUAUACUUAUUAAGCGAAGACCUCUCUUCUAUCUAUUUAACAUGGUCAUGCCCUGUAUCUUAAUAACUCUGGUGGCUUUGCUCGGCUUCUACAUGCCCUCCGAUUCCGGGGAGAAAAUAUCCAUGGGAAUUACCACACUUCUGUCCAUGACUGUAUUUUUAAUGAUAGUGGCCGAAAAGAUGCCACCGACAUCGGACGUCCUACCUCUCAUAGACCGGUUUCUCUGUGAUGACGCCGCCUUUCUCGACCCGGGGCGACGAUCAAUUCGAGCGACGAUAUUACUCCUUUUUUUUAAAUUUUCUUUUUCUUUUCCACCUACAUUCCUAAAUAUUAUUAAUGCCAAUAUGCGGCGCCAUUUUAUCCAAAUGAUUCCACAACAGUACUCGUACAUUCAUAGCAAUCACUACCUUCAUCACCAUCUAUGA